AUGGAUCAACACAAAUUCGUUUUCCUGAACACGACCAAUGCACCUGUUUUGUCACCAGAGGCAACGAGGCUGAUGAGGGGCCAUAUCACGCAAUCAAAUUUCGACAAAAGGAGACAACAGAUAGCCAAUACUACAGAGAAAGCAAAAAUUCGUAAAAAAAAGAGGAUCAGUUGCAAAAAGAAACUAGAACACAGCGCAGAACUAGUGUCUGCCAAUCAGGAUCUUCAAGUCCUUAUCCACUUGACCUGUCUAAAUCCACCAGGUAGCAACCCCAGCGAGGCUGCAUGGGUUGAGCUCUUCGGCUCUAAUCCAGCACUAGUCGAAGCAACCAUGGCGAUAGGUACGCGACACUGGUCUCCGCAGCCGUCGUGGCAGUGGCAGGCAGAUAUGUGCUCAUCCAACGCUCUCCAAUCUAUCAUACAACAAAUCAGUUGGAGACAAACGCAUACGGACGGAUUUCUUGCAGCUGUUCUUACGAUGGCAUUUGGGGCGCGGUUGAUGCAUUCAGACUCUGCUUGGGAAGUUCAUGCAGAUGGCUUGGUGCAAAUCAUCAGAGAGAGGCGAUCACAGGGUGUAAAGGAGCCAGCGUGGUUUUAUGAUCUUCUCAUUAUGAAGAUUAUUGAUGCGAUCGGGGAUUCUGGAGGCUUGAGAAUUCGCCAGAUUGCAGAAAUCUGCGAGGGUGUCAUCGCAAUGCGGAAGUCAAUCAAUAUGUAUCAUAUGGGCCACUCAGAUAAUGAAUCUGUCCUCGAAGAUAUCGAAGAAGGACUGACACGGUUGAGAGAAAAGUCUCAAAAACUUGGAAGAAGGAAGAACAACGAAUACGUUCAAGCCACAGUGCUUACACUCGAGUUAAUCCUAGACAUUCUCUGGCCUCAGGGACUGCAAUCUGAUUACACAAAAAGCCUGGUUGAAGAACUGCAAGAAACAUCGUCUCGGCUGCCAAAAAUUCCUUGUCCAUACAUGGAUCUCACAUCUUGUCAGCUGAUUAUCGGGGCGGUAGCCGCAGAGAGUGGCUCGAGUACGAGAAUAUGGUUUGUGAGCAAGUUGACAAGUGCGGCUCGAGCGAUGCAGGAGCGUGGUUGGGCUGAGCCAUUUCAAAUUUUGGAAAGAGUACUUAGAUCUGAUACGAGCCUGAUGGAAUGGUUCAACAUGCUAUGAGAAUGAGACCAAU